AUGCCUGGGAUUGUCGUCAGAGGAAAGGCGAUAACCGACUUGGCCUACCUUCACAAAAAGGUCGACAUGGAGGAGAUGUUUGAUGGCGGAGAUGAUGCAAAAAUAUUUCACGAGCUUCAGCGUUCUUUAAAUGCUUCUGAACGUUAUUCAAGCGACAAUGACACGCUGAUAUUUGCAUCGACAACUAUCAAACGCAUAAUGACCAUCAUCCACAACUCAUCCAAACCUCUACCUCAACCUUUUUACGAUAAAAUCAUAUUAUACAUAAAACGGAUUUGGGACUACCCGGCCGAUAUUGUCUGUCACGAAGCCGUUGAUAUUUUCGUGCUCCUUGUCAACAUUCACUCAAAAUUCUGCGAAGAUUGUUUGGCGCGUUUGCCACACGAGAACGCAGCAAACUGUGAAUGGAUAAACGAUAUGAUCCAAUGGCUUUUAGAGCCUACAAUUGUCAACCGAUCCAAGUUCAAAUGUCUAACGCAAUUAGUUACAAUUUUCCCGUCGCUCAAUGAUCAGAUCACCCCAGAUUACAUAGCGAGCAUCUAUGGUCAUCUCAGUGAUCCAACCGUCUGCAACGUGCUAUGUGAGCUUAUUGUUCUUCACGCUCAAAAUCCGGACAAUUGGAAUCUUCACGGAGCUUGUAUUCAUAUGUUCUCGGUUAAAUACACCCCGAUUAUUAAGACGCGCCUUCUUCCAAUGAUCGUGAAACAUGGAAAAACUUUGCGUCCAUUUAUAAGAGUUAUUCACGGCGUAUUGUAUAACAAUAAACUUAAUCAUGGUCGGAAGAAUUUGGAUCUGAUCCUUGAAGUUACCCGCUGUUUGAUUAAUACUCAGCAUUUUAAAAAUGCGGCAAAAAUUGAUGGAGAAAGUGACGGCGCUGUCAUUUGGAGUGAUUAUGUGUUUCACUGUGAUAUGCUUGAUGCAAUUAUUAACGUUUACGAGGAGGUUGGUGUUGCCGCAUUUCAGUUGAUUGUUGAUCAUCCAAAAAAGACAUUACCCUACACCGAAAAUGAUAUCGAUUUAAUGAAGGUUUACAUUGAUGCGAAUAUGGCAAUUCAGUCAUCUUCAAUUCGGCAAACAAUUUUGGCGACCGUCAAAAUCGCGUUGAUUCGAUUCAGCGAAAUUUGCGAAGUGUUGAUCAAAAAUGACGAUGAUCAGAGCACUGUUCAAAUGUGCAUUGAUUGUGUCAAAUACAUCGCAAAACGCGCAUUCGCUGCUCUGUCUCGAAGGGCUAACUAUUAUCGAAGAAUUAUGGCACUCUCGUUGAUCGAUUUGCUGUACAGACGGGAGAAUUAUAAUACAAAUGGCAAAGUGAGAUUUGUGAACCUUCUCAAUAUUGAUGCGACUCUCGGAUCUGAGCCAUAUAGACGUGUUCUUGCUUGUCUUGAUGAUUCCUAUGAGGAAUGCCAAAAACUCGCUUAUAAAAUUCUCACCACUAUCGAUUUUGGACAUGUUGAGAUCAACGAGGAUGAAUACUUGGCAGUUUCCGCGGCGAUGCUCGAUUCGGCGAGAUCGCGCAACACAAUGGCAUCCGGCUACCGUAUCCGCUAUUAUAUGAGCCGACAUCCGGAAAAAGUGAUUCCAUUUUUGGAGAAGUGUAUUGCAAAGUGUGAAGAAGUUACAAAGCUGUCUGAAAUUGAAUUGAUCAAUAUCACAAAAAAGGCGAUUCAUCCGCUUCUGAACACUAUCGAAUUGCUGCUCCAACAAUCGGACUUUGAUAAGAAUUACAGAUUGAGCACGUUGAAGAGAAGGGUGAAACCGGAGGAGAUGGUCGAGAUUUCGGCGCAAGACCGUGAAUUCUGGCAAAUGUUCAUCUCAGAGAGAUUGCUGCCAGUCUGUCAUCGGAUUAUUGCUGUGGUGACACCCGUUGUGCACAAUUUGUCUCCAGAAGGCUACAUUCCAGAUAGCAAACUUGCCAGUCUAGGAAGCGGAACUGCCGAAGAAUUUGCCGAACUCUCUCAACAUCUUCUGGUUUGCUGCUGGAGAGCGCAUAAAUACAUUUCAAACAUUUUCUCGUGGCUUAUUCGUGCGCUUGGACCUACUAACAUACUCUCGCCGGAAGACAUCUGCAACAUUGGUAUGUUCUAUUGGAACGAGUUGACCGAAUGCAAGCAUCGCGGAGCGUUCGAAUGCGCCGCCGAAGGAUUCCGAGAGUUGUGCAAAUUCCUGUGGAACGCCACGAAUCCGUCAUUGCCGAAGCCGCAAGAGUGGCUUGAUGAAAUUUUGGAGGCGCUUCAAGGGAAGCGCGACUUUUCGCGACUAUGCUCGACGAGAAGAAGCGCCGGACUUCCGCAUUUGGUUGUGGGAAUAGUAUCGACAGAGCCAUCAGAGAAUAAUGCAAAAUCGCUGGAAAAAGCGGCACACUCGUUGUUGGACAUGCGACACAAAACCGAAGAAUAUAGAAUCCACUCAAUGAAUGUGAUGAAGGCGAUAAUUUUGUGUUCUGCGCUUCGCGAAAAAAUCAAUUUCGCUCUUGAAACGACGCUGAGCGUGGCGAUUAGUGGAUGCCGAGCGGAAUGGAGUGAACGCAACGCGGCGUCGCAAUUGUUCGCCGCACUCAAGACGAGAAUAUUCGGAGUUUCUCGGAUUGUUCAGAGGGAUCUUGAAGUGAGCACCAAGAAUCGUCAGAGCAACUACGAGUUUUUCGCAAAAUUCCCAUCGCUUUAUCGAUUCCUCUACGAUCAAUUGUGCAUCGAAAAGUCUUCGGAAUUCUCCCUUCUGCCGCCUCUCGUUCUUCUAACUCAUCUCUAUUCGCCGCCGUCUUCCAGUCAUUUAUACCCAUUGGCGCCUUACGUCAAACCGUUGCUUCAAAUCGGAUUGAAUGAUAAGAGGGAGAACAUUCGGGCGCAUGCAGCGGCUGCAAUUAUAGCGAUCGCCGAUGUUAAUGUGAGAAUUGAUUUGUGCAAUUGGCUGGAUAGCCUUCAACUCGACAAACUUCCACAGAAUCAUAUCCACUGUGUUUUGCUGCUUUGCGAGGGAAUCGCUAAGCAUGUCGAGCAUUCGCAUCGAAUUAUUGCAUUGCUACAUGGCAUUUUCCGUAAUGAGCUUCAUAAAGAAUGGUGCGACUACAAUGUUUCAGUUCUUUUGAAUAUCGCGAAUCGAUGGGCAAUCAAGUUUGAUGCGGAAAAGGCCUACAAAAUUGAUUGGAUAUCGGUGAAACGGCCGGUGGCCUACCGCCUUCUACUUGAUCUUGGUGCACUUGCCGGCGAUUGUAAUCCAGCUUUAAAGGAUCGCGAGACGCGUCUUGAGGUUUACAGGCACCUCUUCAAAGGCGGAUCUCACAAUUUCAAUUACAACAAGACGUUUGUUCUGAAUAAUGCGAUCAAUGACUUACAAGAGCCAGAUAUUAUGGAAAUUGAUGCGAGAUUGAUUAUGCGAGUUUUGACGAGUAUUGCCAAUGAUAUGAACGAUGUUCAUCGUGAGAGAAUCAAAAAGUUUCUCAUCGGCAUUCUUGAUGAUGAAAAUCCACCAUGGAAAUUGAAGUCGACUCAAGCAGCGGCAAUGGCUCUCAGAUAUUUGAGCAUGCCUUCACCAUAUGAAUCGAUGGAUGAGAGGCUCAUCAAAUGGAUCAUGGAAUGUGCGAAAGGGGAGGAUGAUGAGGCAAAGAGGAUUGCGAUGGAUGUCGCGUGCAAAUUGAUCAAUGUUAUGAAGGAUGAUAAAACGUUGGCGGAGUCAUUAUUUAGACGUAUGAAACCCAUCGAGCGUAGCCUCGUCAAAGCGGUCUUGCUAUUCUUAAAAGAUGAUGAUAUUGAAAUCCGGACAGAGGUUGCUAUUUGUGUUUCUCCUUUAAUAUACUGUUGUAAACAGUUUCCGAUCAAUCCGUCGGUGUGCCAUUUGCUUAUCACUGCGUGGGUUCUGCCGCCGGAUCCCGAGGCGGUGACUGCUUCCGACGAUGAAGCUGACGAAGAAGAGGAGCGCGAUGAGAUUUUCGACGCAUGCGCUGUCAACCAAUACGCCGAAUCGGUCGAGUUUGGAGAUGUUCGCAUUUACGAAGCGCUUUUGCAAAGAAUGAACAGAUUAGCCGAUAUUUUUGAAUUAGAAAUGGAUUAG